GCAGCGGGCGUUUGGAUGGUCCGUACUGGUUGUACUGGUCUGUACUGGUCAUACUGGCCCGUACUGGCCCGUACUGGUUCAUACUGGUCCUUGCUGGCCUGUACCGGUCCGUACUGGCCUGUACUGGCCAUACUGGUCCUUACUGGUCCAUAUUGGCCUGUACUGAUACGUACUGGUCUGUACUGGCCCAUACUGGUCGUACUGGCCCGUACUGGUCCUUGCUGGCCCGUACUGGCCCGUACUGGCCCGUACUGGUCCUUGCUGGCCCGUACUGGUCCGUCCUGGCCCGUACUGGCCAUACUGGUCCUUACUGGUCCGUACCGGUGCCCCGCAGUGUACGCCAUCCGGGAAGCGGCCACCAGCAACCUGCGCAAACUGGUGGAGCGCUUCGGGCAGGACUGGGCGCAGGGCACCAUCGUGCCCAAGGUGCUGGCCAUGGCCACCGACCCCAACUACCUGCACCGCAUGACCACGCUCUUCUGCAUCAACGUGCUGUCGGAGGUGUGCGGGCAGGAGAUCACCACCAAGCAGAUGCUGCCCACGGUGCUGCGGAUGGCGGCCGACGCCGUGGCCAACGUGCGUUUCAACGUGGCCAAAUCGCUGCAGCGCAUCGGGCCCAUCCUGGACAGCAGGUGGGGGCACCAGACCCCCCCCCUCGGGGACACCGAUGUCACCCCCGAACCCUCCUUGGGGUCACUGAUGUCACCCCUGUGUCUCCUCAACCCCCCCUUGGGGAUGGCGAUGGUCUCCCCUCAAAUCCCCCUUUGGGGACAGUGAUGU